GUUUUUGGUCAUGCUCCUAUAAUUGCUUUCACUUCCUUUGUGGUGCUAUGUCCAUCUCUCUGUUUGACAUUUGUUCUUUAACCGGUCUUCCCUGCAUUGGAGAAGAGGUUUCUGCCUUGCUGCUAACUGUUCCUGUAGAAGAAUAUGACCCCGGUGACACCAGAACAACUUUCUUGAGUUUCCAAAGGAACUCAAUUCUCGCCACCAAGAGUAAGAAUCAAGACCGAAGAGAACAUAUUUCCUUUUUAUUAUGUUUGAUCUGCAAGUUUAUGGUCUGCCUUACUGGGAGGUGUGUUGCCAAAGAGUUCAUUCCUCUUGCUGUCGGUUUGGCACAUGGUAAAAAAUUUGCUCUUGCUCAAUUUAUGCUCGGCUAUAUAUACCGUGGAUGCUAUGAUGUCACCAUCUUUCCAUUCGGGAAAUUCAGUGGUGCUCUAUGGGUCCUACAAUUGUGGCUUUAUUCUUAUUUUCCAACUGUCACCCUUGAAUUUGAGAAAGUUGAUGAGGAAGAUUUGCUAACUUACGGCAUGUGCGUCCAAGAUGCAAAGAAGUUGCCGCAAAGUUUUAAGACAUAUUUUAAUUAUUUUGCAUCCCUCUCAAUUGACCGGCCAAAUGCAAAAUUUGCAGUAUUUCUUGAAAGGAAGUAUGGCCCAGAAUGGUAUAAAGCAAAUAGGAACAAUGAGGAAUUCAAAGCUUACUGGAAAGUUUACAUCUCUCCAAGAGAUUUAUUCAUAGGCUGUAGCAUUGGGGGGCCGCAAUCAAGGUGCAGCUUAGAGCUAUACGUUCCUAAUCAAUUCUGUUGGCAACUUGGAUAUUGCCAGGCCAUCCUUUCUCCACCUCAGUUUACCAGACAUGUUUGCUUCCCUUUGAGCCACCUCCACUUAGCCAUCCCGACUGCACUAAAGCUUAUAAAGACUGGUGGACGUCACACUUCACAUCACGCUUUCGUGCUUGACUCUGCUCUUGAAGGUUUCUUAAGCUCUCACCGCUUACAGGGUUGUACAGAAGGAUUAUACAUUCAUCAACUGGAGGAUGACUUCUUGUUUUCGCAGAAAACUUUAUGUUUGCCACCUAUGAAGCGACUUCAAUAUCUGUCAUUGGAAUUCACAAGCAUGGAAGAAGUGAAGAUCCAGUGGGAAGAGGAAGGAAGAAAGAUAGAGACACCAUAUGUCUUUCAAACCUCUCUGAUUGCAAGCGAAAGAAACUUCUACAACUUGUGGACGGUCGACAUACAGUACUGCCCAAAUUUAAAGGACAUUACAUGGAUCAUUUGGGCUCCAAAUCUGAGAAAUCUCACUGUUUAUGGCUGCCAUAGAAUGGAAGAAAUAAUUGAAUUGAAGAGUAUCCACAGGUUUGCACUUUCCUUCCCGCGUUUGGAUGUAAUUGAAAUAGUUCAUUGUCCAAAGCUGAGGAAGAUUCCACUUAGCCGCAACAGCACAAAAAGGCGUGGAAUCAUCAUUAGAGGAGCGAAACAGUGGUGGAAUGAGCUAGAAUGGGAGGAUGAAUCCGCACGGGACACUUUUCUCUCGUCUUUCCAAAUUUGGUAAGAACCAGAAAUUGCGAAGAGAUAUUAAAAUUUGAUUCAACGG